AUGCUUGGAUUGAGACUUCGAGCUGUUGGAGUCCGUGUGCCGUUCAGACGGGCCCAGUCUACUCUUUCGGAGCUGACAGACAAAUCCAAACACAUAUACAACGGCCAGGACCAGUCUUCGUUGUUGGACAAGCAGGCACCGAACCGCGAGACAACUUGGGCUCCCAACCAGCGCCCGGUCAAGGAGGCUAUGCAGGGCCCUCGAUUCGACGGUAAGGAUCUUUCUACACAGCCCCGUCCUCAGGCUGCUAUUGAGCUUAUUGCCCAACAGCCUAUCCAGUACGUGCACGACACCAAGGCCGUUUGCGAUGGUAACUUUGGCGGCCGUCGCGGCGGAGUCCAGGGCCACCCCAAAAUCUAUAUCGAUGUUGACAAGCCUGGUGCUCAUGGCUGCCAGUACUGCGGUAUUCGCUAUGCUCACGAGAGCCAGCGCGAAUCGCUCGAGUCAUAA